AUGCAGAACAAGAAAGAAGCAAAGGUGGAAAGAAAGAAGGAAGAAGCAAGUAAAAAAGAAGGAAAGACAGUAAGCAAGCAUCUAGCUGCUGCUCCACAAAAUGGCGACAAAAUUGUCGGAGGCUAUGAAUGCGCACGUCAUCAAAUCCCUUGGCAGGUUUCUCUGAACUAUGGUUAUCACUUCUGUGGUGGCUCUCUGAUUAAUGAUCAGUGGGUAAUAUCUGCUGCUCACUGCUGGUACAACCCUAGUGCUAUGCAAGUCAUCCUCGGAGAGCAUGAUCUGUACAUAUUUGAAGGAACAGAACAACUUGUGAGACUUGAAACCAUAAUCUGGCACCCUGACUAUGACUACCAGACCAUGGAUAAUGACAUCAUGAUGCUUAAGCUGGCCCACCCAGUGAAGUUCAAUAACUACAUCCAGCCAGUCAGCCUGCCAAAGGCAUGUCCAGCUCCAGGAACUAUGUGUACUGUCUCUGGAUGGGGAAAUAUUUACAGCGAUUCAGUGUUCAUGCCAUACAGACUGCAGUGUGUCGAAGUGCCAAUAAUGAGUGACGAAGAAUGUGACUGGUCUUAUCCUGGGAUGAUCACCAGCACUCAGGUCUGUGCAGGUUACAUGGAAGGAGGCAAGGAUGCCUGUCAGGGAGAUUCCGGUGGACCACUAGCAUGUGACGGAGUGCUGCAUGGUAUUGUGUCCUGGGGUUAUGGUUGUGCAGAGAGAUACUACCCAGGAGUCUACACAAAGGUCUGCUCACUGCUUCCAUGGAUUGAAAGCACCCUGGCAUACAACUGAAUAUAGAACAGCAUGUGCAGUACAGAAAGCACCCUGGCGUACAACUGAAUAUAAAACAGCAUGUGCAGUACAGAAAGCACCCUGGCAUACAACUGAAUAUAAAACAGCAUGUGCAGUAAAUGCCUUUUUUAAGUAAAAAUCAGCAAUUCUGCCUGGAUUUGAUAACCGUGCUUUCUUACAGAACUGCCAAA